AGUGUCGGUAAAGUUAGUAGCCGGGAGCCUGCCAGAGUCGUGCACAUUAGUUGUCGGCCGCUCGUCGCGCGCACACUCAUAAGCGGGCACACGAUUUUUGACGCGCUCGCGAGACGCCGGCCCGCGUGCUCCAGCCGAAGAACCCGAAGAAGAAGUACCUCCCGAAACUUUUUCCGCGCGACGUCAUGCAUCCGCACAGCGCAGCGGUUUCCUAGUGGCGCGGAUAACCACCUAUUUAUUGGCAAUUCAAAAUUUCCGCAAACCGGUCCAUCACGCGAUGUCCUCUAAUUAAACCAUCGGAAGAACAUGUGCGCGCGUAAUUCCGUAAUCGUGCCAAUUUGAAGUGUGUGUGCGCGCUCGAAAAUUUCGAAUUCGACAUCGGCUCCAUAAACAAUCUAUUUCCAGACGUUCUAAUCAUGUGACGAAGUUAUCGCACGAUUCUGACGGCAAAUCGGAUGUUCAUUCAUGAGGAGGCGAGUGUGCCAACGAGUAACAAGUCACAGAUUACCAUAUACAAGCUUUCGGCUGUCGUGCAGAGCAACACCGUCUAAUUCGAAAGCAAUAAUUGCCUUCGGUCGACCGGGCCGAAAAUUAGGCAGCCGAAAUUUAAAAACAGCGGCCGUCAGAACACAAUAGUGAAUCUCAUCAGCAUGCCGGUCAUUCGGACUCGAGUCGUGCGCAUGGCGUUCCUCGCGUACUUAGUCUCGUUAUCGUGUUGGUUUCCACGGCCCGCACACGCCAUUGAAAUCACCGACUUCGUCGCAACGAACGUGCUACCCGACGGCGAGUUGGAGACGCGCAUCCACCAUCGGGGUGUCACGGCGAAGGAAACCGCCGUACUUAAGGGCUAUCGGAAAGGAUUGAAGUACCGCGAGCUGACCGACGGUAAACACUUCAUUCAGCUGAUCUACGAUGAUGAUGAGGUACUGCGCGACUGCGAGUACCUGCAUGAUCACCACGAGGUGACAAAGUUCCUAAAGCAAUUCCGCGCCGAGCUGCGCGAGCUAAUUGCGACUAGUAAUGUGACGAUUACGUCACUAGAAGAUGAUGCACAUGGUCUCAACGCUCAGGAGCAUGGCUGGUUCCACUAUGAGAAUCUCAGAGAUCAGUGUAGGCGGAGGCAUCGUGAACUCAAGUUGAUGCUGCGGAUGGAUCAGAAGCACAAUACGUCGAUGAUCGAAAACGAAAGAUUAAAACGCGAUCUGUCCGACCUGCUGCGCGUGCCCGGGACCAAAUGGUGCGGCAAGGGCUACUCCGCGAAGAAGUUCACUGAAUUGGGCGGCUUCUCGCGCACGGACAAAUGCUGUCGCGUGCACGACAAGUACUGUCCCUUUUGGAUCGGCGGCUUCGAGACCAAGUACGGUCUGUUCAACUGGCGCGUCAACACACUCAUGCACUGCGGAUGCGACGAACGUUUCAGAGCAUGCCUGAAAAUGGUCCGCACGAGCGACGCCAACGUGGUGGGCAAAAUCUUCUUCAACAUUGUCCAGACGAAGUGUUUCGUCAUCAAGAAGAAGCCCGUGUGUCGGGAGCGUACCUGGCGCGGCAAAUGCAUUAAGAAGAAGAGCAUCAAACAGGCCGUAUUGCGUGCGAAUCCACGCUACAAAUAGCUUCCGGAUGUGCGUACAUCCUGGUCGCGAUUACCUUCAUACACUGAGAUUAAGAAUUAAAACGAUUUGAUUUGUCGAUAUACCUCAAACGUGGGUUCGUCAGAACGACAAUCACACCCACAUAGCAUUAUCAAGUCACAAGCGAUAUUAUUAGUUAUUAUUGAGAUUGAUGUAUUGAUUAUUAUAGAAACGAAAGAUAUUUAUAUUUCAAUGUACAAAUGGUUUAUAUUUUUUAUUGUCUUGUCGUUUUAGUUGGUUGGCUCUGGAAAAUGUUUGAAUAUGAGUGCCAUUCUCAUCAGAGGUUGAAAACAAUCAAAACAAUCAAUGAAAAUUCUUUGAAACGUUUGUUUACGUUUUACUUCGUCCGGAACAAAAACUUUAUAAACUCGUAUUUAUAAAAUAAAUUAUAAUGUAAUAAUAUCUAUGUACCUACUUCUAAAACGAAUGCCAAAUUUAAGAAAAAUAUUACUAGUUAUGAAUAAGAUGUUCCAAAACUACUUGUGUAUCAUUUUAAAGUUGCACAAUUGCUGCAUCAUAUCUCAUGUUGAUCAUGACAAGAAACACUGUAUACUUCUAUUUUCACUAGGAAUGAUUCAAUACUGUAUUGGAACACAUGUGUAAUUGGUAAACUUUAGCAUAUCAGAUGUAUUGAACGUUUAGGAGGAACUUAAAUUUAAGUUUUGGAUAUUUUUGUGAGACUUGAAACUCGAAGUUUUUGUGAAUUGUCUUUGUGCGAGUGCCAAACAACAAUCUCAAUCAAAUAAUGACAAUAUUGAAACUAAAAAGAAACCUGUGGCAUGUCGUUUAUAUGUACCAUUGGACAAUGUUUUCCGCUAAAAUGGCAAAUAUUUGUUCGCGCUGUUCGCGCCCGCCGUACAUUUGUAUGUUUGUAAAUAAUUAAUGUCAACUUAGCACUACCAUUUCUAACUGUUAGUUAUAACCAGUCGGAUGUACGAAUGAAGCAAGUAUUAAAUUAAAGCAUAGAGUGUCCAAUUAGAA